AUGGGGGAGCAGGUGAAGAAAGCCCUGUUUGUGCAGUUCGCUGAGGUGUUCCCGUUGAAGGUGUUCGGCUACCAGCCAGAUCCCGUGAGCUACCAAGCGGCUGUGGGCUGGCUGGAACUGCUGGCUGGGUUGCUGCUGGUCCUGGGCCCACCGAUGCUGCAAGAGAUCAGUAACUUGCUUUUGACCCUGCUCAUGAUGGGGGCUCUCUUCACUUUGGCGUCUCUGAAAGAGUCACUGAACACUUGCAUUCCAGCCAUCGUGUGCCUGGGACUCCUGCUGCUGCUGGAUAUCUGCCAGGUCUUGGUCCAAACUAAGCAGCUGGUCAGACCCACUAGGAAGAAGACUCCAGGUGCAUUCAAGGAAUCCUGGGAGUAGAGUGUCUCUCGCCUCUUCAUGCCAUGUCACGGUCACAGCAGGAACAUGGUGGAACACACACAGUCUACCACCUUAUUACCAAUAUGUCCAGGGUCGGCCAGUGUUGAAAUAGACGUCUUGUCUGCCUGGCCCUGCUUUCUGUCUCGGACAUUUACUGCUCUUUUUUGAGGGUACGUGUUACACAUACUAGCAUUCCUCGUGUCAUGUGAAAACAGAAAAUCAGCAGAAAAAUUUAAAUCACCCAAAAUUUUAAUGCCCUCAAGUAACUGCUUUCAGUUCCUUUAUAUAACUGUACCUCUCAAGUUUUUUCUAUGCCUUUAUACAGAUAUUUUUUUUAAUGAAAAUGAGACCAUAUAUACUACUUUAUUACCUGCUUUUUAAACCUAAUAUACAGUAACACCAUUCCAUGUCUAUUUUACCUCAUUGAUGUUAAUGGCUGUGUAGUAUUCCAUUGUAAGGAUGUACUGUAAUGUAUUUAUUCAGGCCCCCACUGAGGAACAUUUGGAUUAUUCUCAAUUUUUGGCUAUUGUAAACCUCACAGCAAAUCACCUUCGCAUACUUAUUUUCUUUCCCCAGAAGUGAGGGUGCUGGUUCAAAAGGCAUGCACGUUUUUAAGGUUUUUAUUACAUACUUAAAAUUUACACAUUGAAUAUGGCAGAGUAUAAGUACCUGCCUCUGCCUCUGCCCUUCUGAGCCACACAAGGC